AUGGAUGCCUUUAAACUGUUGUACGUACUGCUACUAUCGACGGUCUCCGUACGCGGCUUCUGGUGGUCCUCGAACCAAAAUAGUGAUCCUCCCGCUAGCAAACAGAUCCAGUACGUCCGAGCAUUCACCUACCAGCCAGUGGCUUUCCCGGCGCACUCGCUACUGGCGCCACCGUCGGCGUACAAGUUCAUCAGUCAGUCAAGUCCGGCCCUUCUGCCCAACAGUCUAUCGCUGGCGAAGCAGGUUACGCCACUGCAACCGGUCGCCAGCCAGCCAGCGGUCCCAAGCCAACCAAGUGUCAGCAGCCCAUUCAGCAGCUUCUUUGGCAACGCCUUCGGAGGGCCAUUUGGCAGCAGCUCAGCACCGGCCGUUUCACACCAGCUUCCGAUGCAGAACGAUGGCCCCAGUUACAACCAGGGAGCAACGGUCCUGUCGCCGCAGACACUACCGGCCCCAGCGUUCUACUCCCAGCCGCAGCAGCAACCGAGCAAGUAUCCGUACUUCACCAUGGACCAGAUGCAGUACCUGUCGAGUCUGCCGCCGAGCGCCCACACACCGCAGGUCCAGUUCGUGCCGUGCAUGUGCCCGAUCGCGGUCAACGUCCAGAGCGUCGCGGAGAUGGCCGACAAGCGGUUAGACGAAACUUCUACGACCGACCCGGAAGUGGCCGCCCCGAGCACGGAGAACGAAAAGUGA